CCAGUUGUGUAUAUCGGUAAUAUACGCCGCACAGUGUAUACGCGAAAGAAAAGCCUGUGGCGUGAAGGGUGAAAAGAGUAAUAGAGCUUCUGCUUGCAAAAACAUUGUUAGGCCUGCUGCGGGUAUAACAGAAGUUUCCACAAUGGAAAUCAAUUUCUCUAUCACACGUGCGAUCAACUCUCGAUGACAGUUUCUCAUCGUAAUUAUGCUGGAGUUCCCUAGUGACAAACUUCCCAUGGAACCGUAUAAUUACCGGCUGGUGUGUGGACAAGGCAUCGUGCAACUGGUCAUCGGAUUGAUAUUUUCUGCCUAUUAUACAACAGCUCUAAUAAAAUUCGUGACCACAUUUCGCCACUGGCACAUUCACAAACUCAUUUCCCUCAUCACCGGCGUUUUACUCAUCACCUGUGGAAUUUGUGGGAUCAUCGCCGGACGGCGUUUCCACACCGGGAAAAAUUUAUCCCGCCGCUUAUACACUCUCUUGUCGGCGUUUAUCCUCAGUCUCAUCCUGACCGGCGUGGCACUAUACUUCAUUGUCCUCGCGGCGGCCACCACAAUUCGCCGGGACACCCAUUACGGUGCUGACCACUCGUGGUAUUUAGCCAAAGAUAUCGCCAUCCUGUCACUGGACAUCGUCGCCUGUAUUGUCUCCUUGGCACAGGCCAUCGUGUGCAAAAUCAGCUGGAGACGGCUAAAGGCUCUGCGGGCACGCGAUUCCGAUGGACAGGAAUAUUUGGCUGUUAAUCAACACAUGCACAGUGUCUGACAUGUAAUAAUAUGCACAAAUGACGUUUUUAUGCACCCGCUGUCCGGUGACAUUAAAUCCCUUCUUUAUGUCUGCUUUUUUUCUAUUUAUUUGUACAAAAAUUUAUGCCCAGCAACGUCGGCCCAGCAUUUUUGCCCUUCGGCCCAGCAACGUCUUGAAUGGUUUAUUAUAAUUUAACCAUAAUACGAAGUUCAUUCUCCCUGUUAUACAAUAUUUGUGAAUAAUAAAAGAA